AUCACCUCUCCUUCCAUUCCUCUUUCUCGAAUCUUCUCUCUCCACCGCUACCCUCCAUGAACGCCAUCGCCACCGCCGCAACGCCGUCGCCGAUGCCUCCGUCCGCCAAAACCCUGCGGGUGGUCGUCAAGGGGCGGGUGCAGGGUGUUUUCUUCCGCGAUUGGACGGUCCAGACCGCCCGGGAACUCGGUCUCAACGGUUGGGUCCGCAACCGGAGGGAUGGCUCCGUCGAGGCGCUCUUCUCCGGCGACCCCACCGCUGUCGACGAGAUGGUCGAGAGGCGCUGCAGGGUCGGGCCCCCCGCCGCCGUGGUCACUGCCCUCAGCGCCUUCCCCUCCGAAGAUGACCCUGGCCAAGGCUUCCAACGCAAACCCACGGUCUGAGUAGAAGCAUCUGAUUCGAGUUGAGCAUACAAAGAACCUGAGCUACUGCAAGGUCUUCAUCAAGCGGAGUCGGUACUAUGGAGCCGAUAAUAGUUGGUAUGGUUUCUUAUUAUGGAAACAUCCUAGGCAAUAAGAUCAUGUGUUCUUCGAUAUGCCGAAAUGAUGCCUUUUCGUUUCGGCCAACUGUUUGAAAUUGAAGUUGGAAAAGAAUCGAUGAGGUAGCAUUAUUAUCAUCUUCUGUCUCGCUGAAGAAUCAACUUCCAUAUCUACGCUAUGGCCUCUUGAUGCCCCAGCUGCUAUCAUAGAUCUUGAAUCUGAUUUUUUUUUUUUCUUUCUCCAUUCCAAUAUGAAGCUGAUGUUGUUUGAAUCGUCAUUGAGGGACCUUGGGAUAUCUUUCAACUGCUUCCUUUCUAACUUAUUUUUCAAUCUUUGAUUGCCCAU